AUGUUGUGGGACACCACUCCGUGUCACGGCGCCACGUCAAUUGCCGAAAAGCUCACUAGUCUGCCAUUGCCAAAAGUCCUGCACCACAUCCAGGGAUUCGACGCUAUGCCGUCGAAUGAUGAGGGAGGCGUCUUGGUUCUUGUCAAGGGCGUCUUGUUGAGGGGAGAGACAGAGCCUGCCAUGAAGUUUGUUCAGUCUUUCCAGCUUCUCCCAGACGGCGAUGGCUAUUUUAUCUUCAACGACAUUUUCCGGAUGCACUAA